AUGUUGGUCCUUGCCUUCGGCUGCAUGUGCCUGUGGGCGCUGAGCGGCCGCGCUUUUGUGAGUGGCCCAGCCACACAGACUCGCCAGGUGUCCGUGUCGGCGGCGGCACAGGUAGCUUACGAAACGGACAUGCCUGCUGAGAACGGCGUCUACCCAGUGGGCAAUGCCAAGCGGACCGCGCCCUACGGCGAGCGCGACCCUCUGCCAGAGGGCUAUGGCAUCCGCACUGGCCUGUCGGACCUUCUGAAGCCACUGAACGCUGAAGCGGGAGUUGUGGCCAAGGAGGACAGCAUCCCUACCGUGCUUGUGAUGGUGACAGGCAUCGUCAUGCUGUUCUUGUUCUACCUCCUGCUCCUGCUGCUCGACAACCAGUCGGUCUUGCUGCCGCCCGAGGACGAGUUCGACGAAUAUGUGCAGAAUUUCCUGCCAUAUUUCUUCUUCGGUGAGAAGUGA